AUGAUAUCAACAUCUUGCACCGCCACCGAAAGUGUCUACAGAAAUCCGUCUUCGCUUCUUUGGUCUUACAAUAAGGAGACCAGCAGAUCGCCUUGUUCAACGAGUUCUAAGGAGUUCGUCGGGUUCGAGCUGGAAGAAGCCACCUGUUCAGAAACAGAAGCUGUGAUAUCAGCUGAUGAAGGAGAGCUUGAGGACAAUCGGCGUGAGUAG